UCGAUGCGCGCAGGAAAUCCAUCGCGAUUGCCAUGGAAUUCCUGGCUGGCGCUGUCAACGCGAAACAAAAAUACUUUGACGCUUCGCACUUUUAGGUUAAUAAAUUCGACAAAAAAAUGACAAAAUUAACGUAAAUUAAUGAAGAUUUCGAAAAACUUACCCCUUUAAUCGACGUAACGGACAUCUAGGAACACUGUAUUAUAAAAACAAUCACUCGGGUACAGUUUUUACCGUAAAGAUAUUAAGAAAAAAAUCGGAGUAAUUUUAGCACGGCUUUUGCCUGUAUAUUUGUUUAUUACUGAAGAAAUUGUCACUAAUUUUGUGGUGUGCUGUGGCUCAAUAAUGACCAAUACAGCAAUGCGGGGGUUUGUUAUGGUUAUGGUAUUAGAACAGACAGAUGUUAUAGGAGAUUUUUAGUAAUAUAAGAUUUAACGAGAUACACUCAACGCUACCGGAAUUCACUUUUAUAUAUAAAAAUGUCGAAAAAGGCGUCGAAGUUGUUGUGGAAGAGAAUUUCGACGAGCUAUAAAUACCUGAAAAUAAGUUGGACCGUGCAAGUGAGGGAAUUCUUCGAAUACUCCACUCUGCAUGGCGUAAAGUAUAUUGCUGAACACGGCAGACCCUUUCUGGAAAGAUUUUUGUGGUUUGUUUGUGUUUUGAUCGGAGCAGUUGCUACAGUGGUGGUGAUAUUUAGUCUAUGGGAAAAGUUCCAGACCAAUCCGACAAUCACAGGACUGGACACGGAUUUUCAUAACUGGGAAGUACCGUUUCCUGCUGUCAUACUGUGUCCUACCGAUCCUGCUAAACAAGAACAAAUCAGGAGGCUCCUGGACAUAACGGAAAAUAGUACUACGCAGGAUCUUCAAAAAGCUGAUUUUAUCUAUGAUUUAACCAAACUUGAUUUCGAUUCUAUACCGAUAUUCACCAAGAAAUAUACUGAAGCUGACACGUACAUUGAUAAAAAUGAGGACAUUAGAAAUUAUAUUUACAAGUUCAUGGACGACUGUACUGACGUUUUUGACAAUUGCUCGUUCAAAGACACGCCAUUCGGAUGCUGUUCUGCGCCAGACAAGCGAUUCACGCCGGUCUUCACCGAAACGGGGUUCUGUCACAGCUUUAAUUCCAGACAUUUUCGACGAUCCAACAACACCGCGUCAGCCGAGCCCGAGCAAUUUAAUAUGCAAUAUAUUAAGGAAGCCGACACGAAAUGGUCGCUGCAGUUCGCCCUGAAGACGGGGGAAGCAGUAACGUCGAUUUAUAUAUUAAAUUCGGAUGAGAUGGUCUCUAUGAAUAUUCAACCUCAACUCGAAUGGGACUAUCAAGUAUACAAAAUGGCGUUUUCCAUGAAGCAAACGUACACCACUGAAGACACCAGACAGCUGUCUAUCAAGCAAAGAAAGUGCGUGUUUGGAGAUGAAAUACCCUUACAUGGUUUUAUUCCACACUACCACCAGCGCGAUUCCGCAAAAGCUUUAUAG